AAAAGUGUUAAGUGGGCUGACAAAAAUGGUUGCAAUAUUUUCUUCCUGUUUGAGAAAAUGACGAAUAUUACAGUCGCUAAAUUAUGUUAGGUUAGAAGGACUAGAAAUGGAGAUAUUCUCUUCCUGUUAUAGGUAUUUAGUUGUAAUAUGAUUGUCAUGACUGCGGAUUGUCAUGAUUUAGUUUGUGCAUCUUCAUUUGGACUUAUCACCAAAUUGAUUACAGUACAUUUAUAGCGAAGAUUAUACAAGAAAAACAAUAUAUCAUCUAUUGAAUAAUUGGUUUACAGAUUUAUUUAAUUCAUAUAUGGGUGCAAAAACUAGUUGAAAUGAUGUACAGUCUCAAUAUACAUACGCAUUGAUGCUUUAACUGGAACAUUAUUAAAACUUGGAUUCUAGUAAGGUAACUAUCAGCCACUAUGACCAAUAUCGUGUCCGUUUCCUGGACAGAGGCAUAUCGUCCUUUUUGAGAGGCAUAUCGAUCUAAGCCAUGGUGGUGUUCGAUCUAACGACCAUUUGGACAACGAUUAAAGGCACACCAGAACGAAAUGUUGCUUCGGAUAUUUGCUUUAAUAUGCCUGGCACGAUUAAGUCUGGCAGCUACGGCCAUUAUUAACGAGGUAGAGGUAGACUGCUUCGAUGCCUGUGCCUGUUGUAAAGGAGGAAACGAUCGAUGUAGUUCUGAUUUGUUUUGUCUUGAUGGUUGCGUUGCCACAAUAUUUGGCGAUAAAUGUCGUAAUUACUGUAGUGGUAACUGUUUUACAUGCUCCCACAGCACAGGAAAAACAUGCUACACAUGCAAGGACACAUUUUAUGACUUGAAUAGUCAUUGCAAAAAGAACUGUUCAGUAGGGUGUGUUGAUAGGACUUGUAAGAUUGACGGAACAUGUAAUACAUGUACUUCAACCUUUGAAGGAGCUAAAUGUGACACUUGUAUACAAGGAAAAUAUGGCGCAGGUUGCUCUUUGGAUUGCUUUUAUGAGAACUGCAGAUGUAACGAAUUAAAUGGAUGCGAUUCAUGUAAAACAGGAUUUGCUGGUUCUUCUUGCAUGGAAUGUAUAUCUGGAUCUUAUGGAUCGAACUGCAGCAUGAAUUGUCCUAGCAGAUGCCAAGGAGGAAAAUGCAUGAGGAAUGGAACAUGUUAUCAAUGCGUAUCUGGAUACUUUGGAGAACGUUGUGACAAUACGUGCUCAAACGGUUGCAGUGCUGGAGUUUGUUAUAGAAAUGGGACAUGUACCUGUAGAGAUAACUUUUCAGGUUCACAUUGUGAUGAGUGCUUAAUAGGUUACUAUGGGGAUGGCUGUGAAGACAAAUGCAGUAUCGGUUGUUCGACGUCGUACUGCGACAUAGACGACGGCUCUUGCAAUUGUAGAACAAACUUUGAUAGCAGUAGAUGCGAUUCAUGCCGAAACGGAAUGUACGGAUUGUCUUGUGACUUACAAUGUUCAGAUGGGUGUGUCGGAGCUACAUGCUCAAGAGACGGUAGCACAUGCACAGGCGGAUGUGUUAAUGGAUACUCAGGUAAAAAUUGCAAAACAAAUUGUAAUUCGGAGUGUGUGUCAUGUCGACAGAAUAAUAAAUCAUAUUGCACAUCAUGCGUUAAUGGAUAUUCCGGCUCAACAUGCAACUGUCAACCCAACUGCGACUGCUAUGGAGGCGAUAAGUGUAACAAUUGUUUAAAUCAGUGGAUGAAUCCUUCAUAUGAGUGUAAAUGCCAUACAAAAUUUUGUACUAAUAAUACCUGUUCAACGUGCCUGAAUAGUACUUUCUUCCGUGACAGCAUCAAUCACGCAUGUUGUGAGUGUCCUAGAAAUUGUAAAAACGGUUUCUGCACACCUGGACCCCAAUGUACAGGUGGUUGUGAAGAUGGAUUCUUUGGAAUAGAUUGCUCUCAGAAAUGUACCGAUAAUGGCAAUGGGUGUUCAAAAUGUAGCCAGCUUAAUGGAACAUGUUCCAUGUGUAACGCAGGUUUGUACCCGAAUGAAAAUGGAGAUUGCACUACUUGCAAUAGAGAAUGUAAUAAUGGGAAGUGUAACUCUGAAACUGGCAAAUGUAUACAUGGUUGUGCAGAAACCGUUUGGGGAGACAAGUGUGACAUACCUUGUAAUAAAAACUGUGGAUCAUGUCAGCAAGAUUCAGGAAUCUGUGAUUCAUGUACAAAUACAACAUUCCAUGGACUUUAUUGUAACGCAUCAUGCAGUUCCUCAUGCAACGGGAGCAAGUGUUAUCAAAGUAAUGGUCAUUGUUCAAAUGGAUGCAGUGGAGAUUUCUUCGGCAAUCUUUGCCAAACCAAAUGCCCUGCAAAUUGUAGGCAAAGUGAAACAGACACGAGAUGUAACGCUGAUGGCAUCUGCAAAUUUAAUUGCGUCGAUGGUUAUGUAGGUGAUGAUUGUUCAGAAGCAGUAAAAGCCGGACCACCAGUAGCAGCUAUUGCUGGAGGAGUAACUAGUGGCGUUGUUGUCAUCAUUGGCGUCGCUGUUGCAUUGUUCUUCUUUCGACGAAGCAAAAUCAAGCAAAAUGGCAAUAACACACUCCCGGCAAACAUUACUGCGGAGGAGAACAAAGAAACAAACGAAGGUGUCCAUUUUAACGAAGGAGGUCUCAAAAAGGAAUUAAUGAAACAAUAUUCAUCCCGGUCAUCAGUAAAUCAGCCCUCUGCAGUAACGCAACACCCAUAUAGACAUGUUGUGACUGCAUCUGAAAUUGAGAUUGAUCUGGAAAUAGAUGAUGCUAACAAUAGAUCAGUUGCCAAUUCUUCUAAAGAUGAUCAGACGUAUUAUAACGAACUUGGAUCUUCAAUUAACCAAUCUAACAUACCCAUUGGUCAACUCGUCAAGUAUGUGCAUGGAAAAUCUCAUGAGGCGUUUAGUGCAGAUUUUAAGAAAUUUUCCAUUGGUCUUGUGAAGCCAUAUGUUGAAUCGCAGAAGAAGGAAAAUAUUAGUAAGAAUCGGUACAAGGGGAUUUAUCCAUACGAUGACUCGAGGGUGAAGGUUAGAGACAGCGGCGGUUCAGAUUACAUAAACGCAAGCUUUAUUGAUGGGUAUAAAAAGCCAAAGGAGUAUAUUGCCACAUUAGGUCCAAUGUCCCAGCAAUUAGGAAACUUUAGUUUAUUUUGGAAAAUGAUUUGGCAACAGAGAGUUGAAAAGAUUGUCAUGGUAACCAACCUAAUUGAACAGGGGUCUCCUAAAUGCGAGCAAUAUUGGCCAAAUCCUGGGACAACUAGGAAGUAUGGCGAUAUAAAGGUGGAGAGCUGCUCGGAGGAUGAGUAUGCCGAGUUUACACGAAGGGCUUUCACAGUGACCAUGGGAUCCGAGGAAAGAACGUUGCACCAUUUGCACUUCACGUGUUGGCCUGACAAAGCAAUACCCGACGAUGUUACUGCGAUGAUAGAGUUCAGACAGCGUGUUCUGAGUACGCCAAGUACAUUGAAUGGACCAACGGUUGUGCAUUGCAGCGCUGGUGUCGGGAGAACAGGCACCUACAUUGCUCUGGACAUACUGACGAAAGAAGGGGAAGCCGAGAAAGCCAUUGACAUCCCCGGGUGCGUCCAUAAAAUGCGUCAGAAUAGGCCGAAUAUGGUUCAGACACUGGGGCAGUAUCAGUUUCUGCACACCGCCGUGGUGUAUUCACUUCCUUUCGACUGCAAACAAAUCAAGGGAGAGAACUUCAACGAGUACAUGAACAAACACACGACACGAGUACUAAAUAAACAGUUUGAGCUACUUCAGCAUACGGUCGAGACACGAUCUAAAGAUGAAACAGAAGCAGUUGACCGAAAUAAACAGCACCUGAGUAAAAACAGAGCACGCGCCGAUAUCCCGGGUAAUGAAAACAGACCAAGACUUUACCUGAACCUAAAACCAGGAGCGUCAGACUACAUCAAUGCUGUUUAUAUUCAUAGCUUCAGAAUGAAGAAACGCUACCUGGUAGCACAAACUCCACUACCAGAGACGGUUAUGGACUUUUUGACACUAGCUGUCCAAGAGAGGUGUUCGUGUAUCGUCAGUUUCGAAGCUGACAUGGACAAACAAAAGAAUAUUGGGAUAUACUACCCUGCGGCAAACCAAGAAGUUUUGAAUAAGGGAACAUUCCAAGUCAGCUGCUCCAGAGAGGAAAAUAAAAUAUUCUACGCAGAACGAACAUUGACAAUACAGCACAAAGGGACGAGCACUUAUCGAACCAUUUCACAUCUUCAAUUUACUGACUGGGAUGAAAUGGAGAACAUACCACGGUCAACUACAAACUUCCUGUCAUUUCUGAACGUGAUAGAUAAUGUCAUGAAGCAGCAGGACGACGGACCGAUAUUGGUCCAUUGUUUUGACGGUGCGGGCAAGAGCGGUCUGUUCUGUGUGGUUUCGUUGCUUCUCCACAAAAUGGCCGUGGAACAUGAAGUCAGUGUACUUAACGCUGUAAGGAAGGUCAAAACCACGCGGAGGCUGGCAAUUCCCAAUCAGGAACAAUUUGUGUUCUGUCAUGGAUGCGUUUCGGAGUAUCUUCGUUCGUUCGACGUCUACGCCAACUUUAGCGAUGACACGGGGCAACUUUAAAGUGCUGUCCUGUCUGCUCUCGAGUGUAAAACUGGAGAUAUUUAACAAUAUAGACAAUGUAAAUAGUAUUAUGUAUUUGUGUUUGGUGCAGUGCACUGUGUAUACACUUAUACAAUGUUAUGCAAUUAUUUGAAAGCGGACAGAUGUAAGCUAAACUGUAUUUAAUCCAAUGUUGUAUAUGUAUUAAUGACAUUGAAGUUAUGAACAAAAAUAUGUCCCGUUAUCCGUUUUAUAAGUGUAUUACUAAAAAAGGAAAACAUGCACUAACUUCCACUUUACCUUUCUUAUUAAUAAACAUCAAAAUAAUUAGAUGUGAGUGAUGAAAUGUUUACUCAUUUACAGUGCAUGUAUGAAUUAUGUAACUAUUGUUAGUUUCUAUUAAACAUACACAUACUAGUAUGCAUGGUUGUAUUAUUUUUAUGAAUUGUUAAAAUGCCAUUCAUCCUUAAUCAUAUUACAUGUUACACGAUGUCAUUGUGGUCUUCAUGAGCAAAUAGAAAAAAAUCCAUAACUCACUUAAAGAACAAAUAUGUUAAUUUUUGAAACGUUAGUUAUUCAGAUUUUCAUUGAUAACACACUCACCCUAAAGUGAUAUACAUCAUAACACUGAAGAAAGCAAAGUUAAGUAUUUGAAUACUCAAGCUUGAUCAUUUAUCAGACGAGUUGAUGAUGUUUUGCAAUAACGUUGUUUCUGAGUUCAUCAUACAAUGAAACACACAAGAACUACAGUAGUCAAAUAGAAACAGAGGUUACCAUGUUUAAUGUUAGAUAUAAACAUUCAAGUUCAAUAUAAUAUGUCAUUUUUAAAAUACAUCCAUGGAACAUUUAAAACAAAUUUUUGACACCAAUUUUGUCAGCAGAAUUUAUGUUGUCAUUUAAAUAGCUGUUUUAUAUAUGAUUUCAUCCCCCCCCCCUUUGCAAAACAUCUUUAUAAAGGUUUGGCAUUAUAUUGCAUGGACAGCCAGUUAUUCAUCUUAUUUUGUUACAUUUCGUAAUGCUUUAAAUACGUGCAGAUUGCUCCCAAUAACAAUGCUUUAUAUGAUAAUCAAGAUUUGUAUGCAUUGGUAAUAUUUUAUACUGUUUUUGACCCAUUUCUUUUGCAAGUACAAAUACAUGUAUGUGUUAUAUGUAUAUUUUGUAUCAAUUUUAUACUUUUUGACUAGCAUGUACAUAGCUUUGGUACUUGAUUUCAUCCUAUAAUACUGUUAAGGGUUAUUAUUGAUGCUAAUUAUUUUAGUAAAACGACUUCACACCGAUCUUCAAAACCGAAAGUUUGAGUAAAUUUGUGAUCUUUUUUUUCAAACGUUUUUUUCUUACUGAUUGUUAAUGUUAUUUGGACAUGAUAUGACGUUAACAGUAACAUGAAGAGACAUUUGUGAAACUUUAAGAGAAACAUACUGUACUAUGAUACAUAAUAUAUUUUGUAUCAUUCGGUCAUUCAAAACAAGCAAAGUAUAUUGAAAAACAUCCAUAAACACAUGAUGAUUUAAGCAAACAAUGUUUAAAAUUACAUAUGUGUGAACAGUUUGUGAGAUUUUCUUUGUGCAAUUUCAACAUUUACAUCGGUAUGAGGCUGGUCAGCAUUACCAUAAUUUAAAAAGCAAAAAGUGACUUUAGACCAAUAUUUUGAACAUUAUUAGGAGUCUACAAAUUAUUUUUUACCUUUUUUGUUGUUUUUUCAUUGCACAGAAAGAGUUAUUGUGUUGGUAUUAUUUGUAGUGGCUAUCAAGUCUGGAUAUACCUAAAGGUGAUUAUGUUGACACUUCUCAUGUUUUGAAUACAUUGGGAACAUAAUCCGUAUACCAUGAUAUUUUAAGAUACUCAUUUACAAAUUGAUUGUAUAAAACGUCUUUUUGUUCUUUAUUGUAUAGCCAUUACAGUGCAGAACAACUUCUCCUUAACUGUUCUUCUCUUUUUUAUUUUUUUUAUUGUUUGUCCACGAUUUAUAGUUUCAGACAAUGUAUGAAUAUGUUAAUCAUUAUUAAUCAGAGAAGUUAUAUUUGCUUAUAUUCACUAUACUAUUAUUGUUCUUGUUUGUCUAAUGUUUGUUCAACAUAGGUAAUUGGUAGCUUAUAUUUAAUUUUCCUUUAUACGAAUAAAACUUUUAAAUUACA